AUGGAAGCUAAGCGCGUGUAUCUCAAUGAAGCACCUUUUGUUACACCAACAAUCAGAAAUAAGGAAUGCACGAGUAUUACUGGUAAGAUGUGGUGCUAUUGCCGAACAGUUUACAUGCCUAUGUCUUAUUUGUAUGGGAAAAGAUUUGUGGGUCCGAUUACACCACUUAUUCUUCAAUUGAGAGAAGAACUCUAUCUGGAACCUUACCAUCAAAUUAAUUGGAGCAAAACCCGUCAUCUUUGUGCAAAGGUCUCUAGCUUUUUUCGUUGCUCCAUGCAAGUCCCUCUAGUUUAUCUCAUUUACAACAUUGGUCCCUCUAUUUUUGAAUAUACCCAAAAAGAUGAUGAAAUGGCAUUAAUGGAAGAUCUGUAUUACCCCCAUCCUUUGAUACAAAAUAUGAUGUGGGAUGCAUUAUACUUCUUAACUGAGCCACUUUUUACACGAUGGCCAUUCAAUAAGUUAGUCAGAGAGAAAGCAAUUCAAGUAACAAUGAAACAUAUUCAUUAUGAAGACGAAAAUAGUCGAUAUAUGACUCAUGGAUGUGUUGAAAAGAGUUUAUGUAUGCUUGCUUGUUGGGUUGAAGAUCCAAAUGGAGAUGCCUUUAAGAAACAUCUUGCAAGGGUUCCGGAUUACAUAUGGGUUUCAGAGGAUGGAAUCACCAUGCAGAGUUUUGGAAGCCAAGGAUGGGAUGCUGGCUUUGCAAUCCAAGCUUUACUUGCCACAGACCUAAUUGACGAACUUGCUCUUACACUUGCAAGAGGACAUGACUUCAUAAAAAAAUCUCAGGUUAAAGACAACCCUUCAGGUGACUUUAAAAGUAUGCAUCGUCACAUUUCUAAAGGGGCAUGGACCUUCUCUGAUCAGGACCAUGGAUGGCAAGUUUCUGAUUGUACUGCAGAGGCUUUGAAGUGUUGUCUUCUUUUCUCAAUGAUACCACAAGAGAUUGUGGGUGGAAGAAUGGAACCAGAAAGGCUUUAUGAUUCCAUUAAUCUUCUCUUGUCACUUCAGGAAAGUCUUUCACAUUAUGAUUGUGAACAUAGGAGGAGAGAGAUAGAGAAUUCUAUUGAGAAAGCUGUGAGAUUCAUUGAAGAUACACAAGCAGAGGAUGGUUCAUGGUAUGGGAAUUGGGGGGUUUGCUUUACUUAUGGCACUUGGUUUGCAUUAAAUGGCCUUGCUGCUGCUGGUAAGACUUACAGCAAUUGUGCUACAAUUCCCAAAGCUGUGAACUUUCUUCUCACAUCACAAAAGGAUGAUGGUGGAUGGGGAGAGAGCUAUCUUUCAUGUCCAAAAAAGAAAUAUGUUCCCCUCGAAGGUAAUAGAUCAAAUGUAGUACAGACAGCAUGGGCUAUGAUGAGUUUAAUGUAUGCUGGACAGGAAAUCUCUGGUGUAUUCAACAGGAAUUGCAUGAUCCAUUAUCCAAUGUACAGAAAUGUUUUUCCACUUUGGGCUCUAGCAGAAUAUCGCAAGCGGGUUACAGUGCUUUCUAAAGUUGAAUAA